AAAAAAAAAAAAAGAGGAGCCCAGGCUAUUGACUACAUCAAAGGUUAUCCAUUUGAAAACACCAUUUUCCUCUGAACAGCGGCUAAUUGCUUCCUGAACAAUCUCAGGGUCUUUUGUAUGUACUCAGUGGGUAAAAUGAGUGACUCGAUGUCUUUCUCUCAAGACACCGGUGACCGAAAAGGGUGGAAAGGUGGAGAAGCCAAGGAAAAGCAGCGGGGCAGAAGCCUCUGGGAGGACGCACGGAUAAUUUCUUAAGCAGCUGCGAGAGGGGAAGGUUUUUGCUUCUGCCCGCUUUCUGCGGUGCGGUCAGCUGGUGCUGGUGGAUGCCGGCGCUGGCAGCGGCGUGGCGGCAUGGGGCCGUGAGGAAGGCUGGGCUGACCGGACUGGCUGUGCCCAUGAUGCCCUGAAUGCCGAGCGCAGUGGAAGCAGAGGAGACUGUGUCCCGUUAGCUGCUCCUCCCUCCCUCAUCCCCUUAGUUUGGGUUUGUUUCUAUUUAUUUUGUGGCUGGGUUUGGGCAUGGCCUUGGCUGGAUGUGAGGCUGCUGCAAUGUGGCUCCUUUGGCUCAAGCACCACUUGUUCAUCAACGUUUGGACCUUGCUGCUCUUGGGGAGCACCUGGCUACCGCUGGCGGAAGGCAGCCCCAAGUCUCCCUUUAGGACUUUCCCGGUUACAGACUGGAGCUUGACGCACUUGGUGGUCCACAACAAAACCGGGGAGGUCUACGUGGGGGCUGUCAAUCGGAUCUACAAGCUCUCCAAUAACCUCACACUCCUGCGGACCCACGUGACGGGGCCCGUGGAGGACAAUGAGAAGUGUUACCCUCCGCCCAGCGUUCAGUCCUGCCCGCACGGGCUGGUCACCACCAACAACGUGAACAAACUGCUGCUGGUGGACUACUCGGGGAACCGGCUGAUUGCCUGUGGCAGUGCCUCCCAGGGUAUUUGCCAGUUCCUGCGGCUGGAUGACCUCUUCAAGUUGGGUGAGCCCCACCACCGCAAGGAGCACUACCUCUCCAGCGUCAAUGAGUCAGGCACCAUGUCCGGGGUCAUCAUCGAGGUGCUGAAUGGGCAGAACAAGCUCUUCAUUGGGACGCCCAUUGAUGGGAAGUCAGAGUACUUCCCCACCCUCUCCAGCCGCAAGCUGAUGGCCAACGAGGAGAAUGCGGAGAUGUUUGGCUUUGUCUACCAGGAUGAGUUUGUCUCCUCUCAGCUCAAGAUCCCCUCGGAUACGCUCUCCAAGUUCCCCACCUUUGACAUCUACUACAUCUACAGCUUCAGCAGUGAGCAAUUUGUUUACUACCUGACCCUGCAGCUGGACACCCAGCUCACCUCGCCCGACUCCACUGGGGAGCAGUUUUUCACCUCCAAGAUCGUCCGCCUCUGUGUGGAUGACCCCAAGUUCUACUCCUAUGUGGAGUUCCCCAUCGGCUGCGUGCAGGAUGGCAUCGAGUACCGCCUGAUCCAGGACGCCUACCUGACCAAACCUGGCAAGGCUUUGGCCAAGUACCUGGGCAUCUCAGAGCGGGAGGAUAUCCUCUUCACCAUCUUCUCCCAGGGCCAGAAAAACAGGGUUAAGCCUCCCAAGGAGUCUGUGCUCUGCCUCUUCACGUUGAAGAAGAUCAAGGAUAAGAUCAAGGAGCGUAUCCAGUCGUGCUACAGAGGGGAAGGGAAACUCUCGCUGCCCUGGCUCUUGAAUAAGGAGCUGGGCUGCAUCAACUCGCCGCUGCAGAUUGACGACAAUUUCUGUGGCCAGGAUUUUAACCAGCCGCUGGGUGGGACGGUCACCAUUGAGGGGACACCGCUCUUUGUGGAUAAGGAGGAUGGGAUGACCUCGGUGGCUGCCUACGACUACAGAGGACAAACCGUCGUCUUUGCUGGCACACGGAGCGGGAAGAUCAAAAAGAUCCUGGUGGACUUGCCAGCUGAGAGGAAGCACCAAGCGCUGCAGUACGAGAAUGUCGUGGCCCACGAGGGCAGCUCCAUCCUGCGAGACCUGGUGCUGAGUCCCGACCGCCAGCACAUCUACGCCAUGACCGAGAAACAGGUGACACGGGUGCCGGUGGAGAGCUGCGAGCAGUACGAGAGCUGCGAGCUGUGCCUGGGCUCCCGGGACCCCCACUGUGGCUGGUGCGUCCUCCACAACAUAUGCUCGCGCAAGGACCGGUGCGAGCGGGCGGAUGAGCCCCAGCGCUUCGCCUCCGACCUGCGGCAGUGCGUCCAGCUCACCGUCCAGCCGAAGAACAUCUCGGUCACCAUGUCGGAGGUCCCGCUGGUCUUGCAGGCCUGGAAUGUCCCGGACCUCUCGGCAGGAGUCAACUGCUCCUUUGAAGACUUUACCGAGUCUGAGAGCCGCAUUGAAGAUGGGAAGAUCUACUGCAGCUCUCCCUCUGCCAAGGAUGUCAUCCCCAUCACGAGGGGCCGUGGGGACAAGCGAGUGGUGAAGCUCUACCUGAAAUCUAAGGAGACGGGGAAGAAGUUUGCCUCUGUGGAUUUUGUUUUCUACAACUGCAGCGUCCAUCAGUCCUGCCUGUCCUGCGUGAACGGCUCCUUCCCCUGCCACUGGUGCAAGUACCGCCACAUCUGCACCCACAACGCCGCCGACUGCUCCUUCCUGGAGGGACGCGUCAAGCUCUCCGAGGACUGCCCCCAGAUCCUGCCCUCCACCCAGAUCUACAUCCCUGUGGGCGUGGUGAAACCCAUCACCCUGACGGCCAAGAACCUGCCCCAGCCACAGUCCGGCCAGCGCAACUACGAGUGCAUCUUCCACAUCCCGGGCAGCACCACCCGCGUCACCGCCCUGCGCUUCAACAGCACCAGCAUCCAGUGCCAGAACACCUCGUAUUUCUACGAAGGGAAUGACAUCAGCGACCUACCAGUCAACUUAUCCGUGGUCUGGAAUGGGAACUUUGUCAUCGACAAUCCCCAGAACAUCCAGGCCCACCUGUACAAGUGCUCGGCCCUGCGGGAGAGCUGCGGUCUGUGCCUCAAGGCCGACCCGCGCUUCGAGUGCGGCUGGUGCGUGUCGGAGAAGCGCUGCUCACUGCGGCAGCACUGCCUGGCCUACGAGAGCAGCUGGAUGCACGCCAGCAGCGGCAACAGCCGCUGCACCGACCCCAAGAUCACCAAGCUGUCCCCUGAGACCGGCCCCAGGCAAGGAGGGACCCGUUUGACCAUCACGGGCGAGAACCUUGGCCUGAAGUUUGAGGAUGUCCGCUGGGGCGUUCGAGUCGGCAAAGUGAUGUGCAUUCCCAUCGAGAGCGAGUACAUCAGCGCUGAGCAGAUCGUGUGUGAAAUUGGAGAUGCCAGCCCAAACAAGGUCCACGAGGCACGGGUAGAAGUGUGCAUCCGCAAUUGCUCGCCCAGCUACCGGGCCGUGUCCCCCAAGAGCUUCACCUUCGUGACGCCCACUUUCUCCCGCGUGGUCCCAGCCCGGGGCCCUCUCUCCGGUGGCACCUGGAUCGCCAUCGAAGGCAGCCACCUCAAUGCCGGCAGCGAUGUCUCUGUGACCAUUGGGGGACGGCCCUGCGCUUUUUCAUGGAGAAGCGCCCGUGAAAUUCGGUGCAGGACCCCCCCUGGGCACACCCCCGGCGGCUCUCCCAUCCUUAUCAACAUCAACCGGGCAGAGCUGAGCAACCCGGAGGUGAAGUACAACUACACGGAGGACCCCACCAUCCAGAAGAUCGAUCCCGAAUGGAGCAUCAACAGUGGUGGGACGCUGCUGACUGUGACCGGCACCAACCUGGCCACCAUCAAAGAACCCAGGAUCCGGGCCAAGUACUGCAGCUCUGAAAGGGAGAACAACUGCACCGUCUACAACGACACCACCAUGGUGUGCUACGCGCCCUCCAUCGACAACCCCGAGCGGAGCCCUCCCGAGGUUGGCGACCGCCCGGAUGAGAUUGGCUUUGUCAUGGAUAACGUCCAGGCCCUGCUAAUCAUCAACACCACCAACUUUGUCUACUACCCAGACCCUGUCUUCGAGCCGCUCAGCCCCACGGGGAUGCUGGAGCUGAAGCCCAGCUCUCCCCUCAUCCUCAAGGGCAGGAACCUGCUUCCACCGGCUGCUGGUAACUCCCGCCUGAAUUACACCGUGCUGAUCGGAGACACUCCCUGCACCCUGACCGUCUCCGAGACCCAGCUCCUCUGCGAGUCCCCCAACCUCACUGGCCAGCACAAAGUCACGAUCAAGGCUGGAGGGUUCGAAUUCUCCCCAGGGACGCUGCAGAUCUACUCAGACAGCCUGCUCACCCUGCCCGCCAUCAUCGGGAUCGGGGGCGGGGGAGGUCUGCUCCUCCUCAUCAUCAUCAUCGUCCUUAUCGCCUACAAGCGCAAGUCCCGAGAUGCCGACCGGACCCUGAAACGCCUCCAGCUGCAGAUGGACAACCUGGAGUCCCGGGUGGCCCUGGAGUGCAAAGAGGCCUUUGCUGAGCUGCAGACUGACAUUAACGAGCUGACCAACGACCUGGACGGAGCUGGCAUCCCCUUUCUGGAUUACCGCACCUACGCCAUGCGGGUUCUCUUCCCAGGGAUAGAAGAUCACCCUGUGCUGAAGGAGAUGGAGGUCCAGGCGAAUGUAGAGAAGUCCUUGACCCUUUUUGGGCAGCUUCUGAACAAGAAGCACUUCUUGCUGACCUUCAUCCGCACUCUGGAGGCUCAACGGAGCUUUUCCAUGCGGGACCGGGGCAAUGUGGCCUCCCUCAUCAUGACAGCGCUGCAGGGUGAGAUGGAGUAUGCCACGGGGGUGCUGAAGCAGCUUCUCUCCGACCUCAUUGAGAAGAACCUGGAGAGUAAGAACCACCCCAAGCUGCUCUUGCGGAGAACGGAGUCAGUGGCAGAGAAGAUGCUGACAAAUUGGUUCACGUUUCUGCUGUACAAGUUUCUGAAGGAGUGUGCUGGGGAACCGCUUUUCAUGCUCUACUGUGCCAUCAAGCAGCAAAUGGAGAAGGGACCCAUUGAUGCCAUCACUGGAGAGGCUCGCUACUCCCUCAGCGAAGACAAGCUUAUCCGUCAGCAGAUUGACUACAAAAUGCUGACCCUCAACUGCGUGAACCCCGAGAAUGAGAACGCUCCAGAGAUCCCCGUCAAAGUGCUGAACUGUGACACCAUCACACAGGUGAAAGAGAAGCUGCUGGAUGCUGUCUACAAGGGAGUGCCCUAUUCCCAGCGACCCAAAGCUGGGGACAUGGACCUGGAGUGGCGGCAGGGCAGGAUGGCCCGGAUCAUACUGCAGGACGAAGAUGUCACCACGAAGAUCGACAAUGACUGGAAGAGGCUAAACACCCUGGCCCACUACCAGGUGACAGAUGGCUCCUCGGUAGCCCUGGUGCCCAAGCAGAACUCGGCGUACAACAUCUCCAACUCCUCCACCUUCACCAAGUCCCUCAGCAGAUACGAGAGCAUGCUGAGGACAGCCAGCAGCCCCGACAGCCUGCGCUCACGGACCCCCAUGAUCACCCCCGACCUGGAGAGCGGCACCAAGCUUUGGCACCUGGUGAAAAACCACGACCACAUGGACCAGCGGGAGGGCGACCGGGGCAGCAAGAUGGUCUCUGAAAUCUACCUGACCCGCCUGUUAGCCACCAAGGGUACCCUGCAGAAAUUCGUGGAUGACCUGUUUGAGACCAUCUUCAGCACAGCACAUCGUGGGAGCGCGCUGCCCCUCGCCAUCAAAUACAUGUUUGAUUUCCUGGAUGAACAAGCUGAUAAGCAUCAGAUCAACGAUUACGAUGUCAGGCACACCUGGAAGAGUAACUGUCUACCUCUACGUUUUUGGGUGAAUGUGAUUAAGAACCCCCAGUUUGUGUUCGACAUUCACAAGAACAGUAUUACUGAUGCCUGCCUAUCCGUGGUGGCUCAGACAUUCAUGGACUCCUGCUCAACUUCUGAGCACAAGCUAGGAAAAGACUCUCCCUCCAACAAACUACUGUACGCCAAGGACAUCCCCAACUACAAGAGCUGGGUAGAAAGAUAUUAUGCAGAUAUAGCUAAAAUGCCAGCGAUCAGUGACCAGGACAUGAGCGCGUACCUGGCGGAGCAGUCGCGGUUACACCUCAGCCAGUUCAACAGUAUGAGUGCGCUGCAUGAGAUCUACUCCUACAUCACCAAGUACAAGGAUGAGAUUUUAGCCGCGUUGGAGAAGGACGAGCAGGCCCGGAGGCAGCGGCUGAGGAGUAAGCUGGAGCAGGCGAUCGACACAAUGGCCUUAAGCAGCUGAGGAGGCGGCGGCGCGGUGCCAGCGUCCCGGGCGGCAGGAGGGAGGGCCGGCCAGCGGCAGCCGCGGGCAGAAGACGACUUUGGGGCUGGGGCCGGCGGGACCCACGGGAGCCACCGUGCCCCCGCGCGCUUCCCACGGACAAACAAGGAAACCUCGCGCUUCAGCGGAAGAAAGAAAAAAAAAAAAACAAAAACAAAACAAAAACAAAAAAAACACAAAACAAACCCAAAUCCCGAUGACAGCAGCGACAUGGAUAAAACCCCCCCGACACACACACACACACACAAACCACACACCCCUCCUCCCCGCGAUCCAGCCGGGAUGCAGCAGGGACCUCGCAGAGAGGCGAUGCCGUCGGGGGAGAAGGGGGUCGCCUGCCCCAUGGACCCGCUGGGCAGCCCCUGCCCGGGCAGAGCCCCUGAGCCCGGAAGGAGGGUCGGGACCGCAGGGCUUUCUAGGACGGCGUUUGGAUGUUGUUGUUACUUUGGUGGAGGGGGGGGGGUGGGUGGGCUCCUAUUUUUACUGUACUUGACUUGCUCUCCCCUCCUUCCCCCCAGCUGGCCUCCCCCUCUCCUCUUCCUCCUUUCUCUUUUUCUGUCUCUUCCCUCUUCUCUCUCUCUCUGGCCUUCUGCCACUAGUGUUAACUGCUAUAUUUGCACAAUUUACACGAGACAAACAAAAUUUUUAAUUUAAAGAAAAAAAAAUUUAAAAAUGGGAGGGGAAAAAAAAAAAAAGGUUCGAAAUUUUUGAAACAAACUAACAAAAAUGGUUUUAAAAAUAAGCUAAAGGAUUGAUGCUGGGGAGAUUUGGGGGUGGGGGCAGUAGGGGUGGGCAGGAAAGGGAGAAAUCCCUGAGCUUUGAUAUUUCUAAAAUACGUCCUGUGCCAUGUUUUAUUUGAAUGUUGUUUAGUGCGAACAAAAAAAAAAAAAAUCAAAAAAAAAAAAAAGUGGGAGUUAUGUUAGCUGAAUAGGUGAUCUUAUUUAAAUGCUGCUGGAGUGGUUCUGGAGGUCACGAUAGGAGAGGAAGGGAGAUCCCAAGGUUGAUUUUUCUUUUCCUGGGAGAUUGCUGAGGGAUGGCCGGUGUUUUGUUGAGCUCAUCCUCGUUUUCCCGGUCCGGUGGCUGUGGGGAGGUCUGGGCAGCCUGCCCGCCCCUGCCUGUCCCGGGACGAUGUGGGGCGGAGGAUGGCUGCGGGGGCUUGGGGGCUGUCAGGAGGGUUCGUGAAGAGCCAGCCUGGAGUUUUUUUUAGCAAGUCCCCUGGCGCUGGAGCAGCCUUAACAAAGCCCCUCUAGAUAUUUUCCCCCCUCCCCAUCAUCUUUUUGUGUUGAUUCAGGGGAAGGGACCAGAUCCUUGGUGAAGGGGGAGGCAUCUCCUCCAUGUCUCCUGACCGGGAUGUCCCCCCCCACCCCACAAACCCCGCUGGGUGACCAGCCCGCAGAGGGACCGGGAUGCUUGGCCGUCACCGGGCUGUCGCCUGCUCCUCCACCUGGGAAGCCCAAUCAUGUGCAGGACUUUCCACCCAAGAUUGACCUUUCUUUCUCUGUCUUUUCCUUCUUUCUCCCCCUUUCUCUCCUUGCUGUCACCCCAUCUCCCCUCCGCCGCCUCCGCCCUGCCAGGAGGUUCGCUGGAAGCCUGAGGUCUCUCCCUCAGCCGCCCCCUUCGAAACGUCAGAUCCUCGUGGGUUUGUGCUUUCCAGAGAUGAAAAGGUGCCGAAUGCUGCCCCAAAUGGUAGCAGGUGACCAAAACUUCCAAAAAAAUGAGCAAAACCCUUUCCUUUUCUGUACCAAGAGCUCCCGGUGCUGCCCGGGCCACGGCAGACAGGGCCAAACUCUGCCAGGAGCGGGUGGCUGUCGAAAUCCAAGUGGAAAGAAGCCCAGCUGAUUUCUGUCCAUUCCCUUAAAUCACAAGUUUAAGGGGGGGAGAGGGAGAAAUAAUGAAGUUUUUAAUUAAAAAAAAAAAUAAAAGUGUGUAUAUAUA